GAAGAGAGGCACCUUUGUUUUUGAGUCAACAAUGAUUUUUUUUUUUCUUCUGAUAAAAGUGUUGAAAAUGAAGUUUCCCUUUAUUUUGCUGUCAGUUUGUUUGUUUUUUCCUGAACAUGGUGUGUCUGGUGUUGAGACAAAUGGAGUGUUGGUGUCUGUGAUGGAGGGAGAUUCAAUUACUCUACACACUGGAAUUAAAAAAGCCCAAGAAGACAGAAUUAGAUGGUAUUUCAAUGAGACUCGCAUCGCUCAAAUUAAUGGAGAUCCCAGUAAGACCUGUACAGAUGUUCAGUGUAAUGUCGGUACUGAGAGAUUCAGAGACAGACUGAAGCUGGAUCAUCAGACUGGAUCUCUCACCAUCAUGAACACUAGAACCACAGACGCUGGAGUUUAUCAACUGAAGAUCUUCAGCAGCAGCAGCAUCAGUGAAAAGACCUUCAGUGUUUCUGUCCGUGGUGUUUCUGCUGCUGAACGAGAUAAAACGAAGAGAAAGUCAGUGAAGGAGGGAGAAUCUGUCACUUUAGAUCCUGCUGUAAUGAAAAACCCAAAUCAUGUGAUGACGUGGUAUUUUAGUGAUUCAGGUCCGUCUCCAGCUGCUGUAGCAGGAAUAUGUGUUGGUCUUCUGCUGGCGUCUGCAGCAGUUGGUGUGAUUUGCUAUCACCGCAGGAGGACACGUCUUCUGGCCCCACAAGAAGAUUCCCAUGACACUGCGUAG